ACGGCUCCGGGGCGGGGCCUCCGUCGCCGGCGUGACAGCCGGAAGGGGGCGGCCACGGUCGUCAAUAGCCGCGCGGGAGACGCCUUCUCCCCCCCCCCCCGCUCUGCGCGCGGAGGUGGGAGGCUCCACCCCCUGCCCCGCCCCGCGCUCGUGCCGUAGUGAGGGAGGGGCGGGCGGCAGUGAGGAGGCGCGCGCGGAGGAGACGGGAAGAUGUUUGAGACUCUGCGCGAGCGGCUGCUGAGCGUGCAGCAGGACCUCACCUCGGGGUUGAAGACUUUGGGUGACAAAUCAAGAGAAGCAAAAAUAAGCAAGCAGAGGGCUGUUCAGUAUUCGCCAAAGUUUUCUGCUGGAUUGGAAUUGCUCAGCAGGUAUGAAGACACUUGGGCGGCCCUUCACAAAGGAGCUAAGGAAUGUGCAAAAGCUGGAGAGCUAGUGGAUAGCGAAGUUGUGAUGCUUUCUGCACACUGGGAGAAGAGGAGGAGUAGUCUAAUAGAGCUGCAGGAACAACUUCAGCAAAUUCCAGGGUUUUUAACAGAUCUGGAGUCCAUGACAGCAAAUCUGGCCCAGCUAGAGGUGAACUUUAAGGAAAUGGAAAAUCAUCUGUUGCUGCUUGAAGAUCUAUGUGGACAGUGCGAGUUGGAAAGGUACAAACAUAUGCAGGCACUACAGCUGGAAAACUACAAGAAAACAAAAAGGAAAGAACUUGAAACCUUCAAAGUAAACAACAAACUGCAUUUGGACAAUACAGGAAGUAGUCUUUUUAUGCAGGGGAAGGAAAUCUCAAGACUGGCUGAGCUAGAUGCUAAGCAUGCCCAGAAGGUUUUGGAUAUGGAGCAUACCCAGCAGAUGAAGCUAAAGGAGCGUCAGAAGUUCUUUGAAGAAGCCUUCCAGCAGGAUAUGGAGCAAUACCUUUCUACAGGAUACCUGCAGAUAGCAGAGAGACGAGAGCCAAUAGGAAGUAUGUCUUCUAUGGAGGUGAAUGUGGACAUGCUGGAACAGAUGGACCUGAUGGACAUGUCCGACCAAGAAGCCCUAGAUGUCUUCUUGAACUCAGGAGGAGAGGACGAUAGCAUACUAUCUCCCAUGUUGGGGCCUGAAUCCAAAACCUGUCAGAAUGAAAUAAGCCUUCAGGUUCCAAGAUGGUCUGAAUUAAGGCAAAAAUUGUCUUCAUCAUCAUCAACCUGGACUGACUCUGCCAGCCAGGAUACCAGUGAAGUAGGAGAGUCUCCUGUUAUCCAGUCUGAUGAGGAAGAAGUUCAAGUGGAUACUGCCCUUGCUGCUGUAAAUAGUGAAAGAAAAGGUACUUCAGAUGUCAGUGAUGAAAGUGAUUCUCAGACUCUUUGAAUCCUAGCACCAUAUCCUCUAAUAAUGUUUCACUUUUAAAUGAACAAAGAGCUCACCCAUGCUGUAGGAAUUAGUUAACUAAUCAUGAAAGCCAGAUCAUUUUAUUAGUCUAUAAUGUUGCCAGUCUUUUUAAAUUGCCUAAACCACUCACUUUAUUAAAGUUUUGGGGUUUUUUGGAGCAGUCAAGCUUUGUAUAUACUGUGUAUAGAACUAAACAGGGAGAUUGGAUACUUUGACUAAUCUUUAAAUUCCUUAACACUGAUCUCACAAUGUUCCUUAUCUGCAUGUUUGAGCUAUAUAGCUGAAUAUAGAAGAUUCACCUUACAUUCUGUCUAAGACAUUGAUGUGGCAGCAUCCACUCCCCCACUGUUUUGAAUUUAUUGAGGAAUAACUUUAGCUACAAAUGGAAUACUUAUCAAGGGAUGGGAGUUGCACAUUGAAAUCUUACCCUUCUGCUGGAGCAGCCAUCUUAGCACUGUUAUAAGCAUGCUCCUUUUUUAAAAUAAAGUAUUUCUAUCC